CGACUGCUCUACAUCAAGAGACAAACAAACAACCAGACAGACUGAGAAGCUGCAGUCAUCAAGACCGGCACCUUGGAAAAGAAGAAAUUCUGAAGACCUCUGAUUGUGCUGAACCUUUUAGCCACAUUGAGAAUUAGUGCAGAAUUUCUCAUCCAAUCUUUGGAACAAGAACAUUAAAGAAUGAAGUACUACCAGUGCCCAGUCACCCAGACCGUGCACUAUGAGGGGUGCAAUCCAAAUGACACUAGACCAGUGUCAUGCUUUCAUUCACGGCCUUCUAUCAAACCUGUUCGCAAUGUUCACUUUCCCAAUGACAUAGUCUUUCAGGAUUAUGUCCGUCAAGGAGAGCUGGAGAGAAUUGGACGCUUCAUUAGAACCAGAAGAGUGAGUCUGGACACCAUCUACCAUUCAGGCAUGGCAGCCAUUCAUGAAGCAGUCCUAUCUGGAAACCUGGAGUGUGUGAAGCUUCUGGUAAAAUUUGGGGCUGACAUCACCCAGAGGGAUGAGGACGGAUGGACUCCCCUCCAUAUGGCCUGUAGUGAUGGCUUUCCAGAAAUAGCUAAGUACUUGCUUUCUUUGGGUGCAGACACUGAGGCUGAAAAUGACUGUGGGGAGAAGCCUGCUGACCUUAUUGACCCAGACAGCAAAGAGCUGCUUGAACUCUUCGGGGUCGGUGGUGCCUGAACUUGCCUGACACUGAAGUUCUGAUUGCUCUCGUCUGUUACGGCAGUUGCCACAUUAAAAGGAUGAAACCGGUAAAAGAGUGGAACAGCCACUGUGUAUGCAUAGGAGCUGGUAGUUGAGACACCUUGACAGAGUGUCUGGUUAUACACUAUUUUGGGGAAGUCGUGGCCUAAUGGUUAGAGAG